AUGUACGCCUCUCUCUUCAACUCCGAAGCUUUCCUCGCUGCCACCCUCUUCUUUGAACGCCUCAUUCAAAAAGAAGAACACGUCUGCACCCUCAUCAAAACCUGCCAAGACGACCCCACCCUUUCCCUCGACCUUCAUCUUAUUUUAGAAGCAGUGGCCACUGAGAAACGUCUCGAAAGCAAACUCGGGUAUAAGGACGAAAAUGUCCUCAGCCUCCAUCACAUGGUAACUACCGCCAUCGCCGCCGCCAUCCGGCAUGGCAUCCUAAACACUAUCAGAGACUGCGAUAAACUCCCCGCCAUUCCCGAUUAUAUUCCGAGCCACUUCGCAGGACGAGGAAUUAUACAAUACUUUGAGAAGUUUGAUGCCGAGAUUCAUUCUUACGGGAAGAAGUUCCCAACAUCCCCCCGCAUCACCGCUUAUCAUCCUUAUCGACGUACUCCCACCCCUCGCUGCUCAAAGUGCAAGAAGAUGGGACACAUUCGCAAGAAUUGUAGUGACUACCAAUGUGGAGGAUGCCUCUGGUGGGGACCGGGACAUACCACCCCUAAUUGCGAAACAAAGAAGAAGUCUGACAAAGCAUGGGAAUGGGAGAAGAACAUGAGACCCGCAGGGUACGAUACGACGACAGGAACGCAAAUGUGGAAAAAGAAGACCUAUGAUUGGACUGGAGUACCAAUCCUUAGGAACGAAGAUUGGUAUACCCCCAGGAAGCAACCCGAGUUCGUCGAUUUAACUUCCCCUUCACCACCGUCUUCGCCACCCUUCUCACCCUCUAUGCCACCUCUCGCUCCGCCAACUCCACCAUCAUCCCCUCUCUAUAAUCCAUACUCCCCUACGACACACCCGUCUCCUCUCUUCGACUUGGAAGACCUGGUUAGCGACUUCGACUCUGUCACUUCUUCAUCUGGCAAUAUCGGUGAUAUUGAAGUUUAA